CAAGGAAACCAGCUCAACCUCUCCUGUGCAAACACUCCCGUAACACACACACUCACCAAACAGGAAGAGUGUACCUGUUUGGUGUGAGUUGGCUGGGAACUGUCAGUCUUAUCUGUGAUGAAGAGAGGAAAGGAUUUUAAUGAUACCAGCAUUUGGAGGAUUGGCACCACAGUGAGAUCUGGCAGAGACAUACUGUGGAUUACAAAAGAGACUCAUCACACCACUCAAGACCUGACCAGCAAGACACACAUAAGGAUUCCUGAUUUUACAAAAACAAAAAACUUUCCAACUGUGUGAUUACAAGUCUCAGACGUGAGAUGACGCUUUCCAUCUGAUUCCUACAAACCUGCAACCAUCAACAAUGUUCACCCCCAGGAAAGACAGUCUCCCGUCCCCCAGCCUGGAGGACUCCUUCUUCCCUCUCUCCUCAUCCUCCUCGGUCUCGCUCUCCUUUGCUCUCCCAUCAUCCACAUCCUCUCUUGGCAGUAGUGACAGCGGAGGAGGGAUCGAGACGGAUCUGAUCCUAGCUGCAGAGCUGGGUCAGGCUUUACUGGAGAAGAAUGAGGAGCUGGCAGCCUCCCUGGAGCAGAGGGACAGGGAGCUGGAGGCUGUACAGCAGGAGAAGCAUGUUCUGCAGAGGAAACUGGAGAUGAACGAGCUGGCUUCUGGGCAGAGGGAGGCAGAGCUGACUGCAGAUUUAGCUGCCUUGCGGACUGAGCUGGAACGACAUCACAGCCAGGGGCGUGACCGGCGGAAGGACGAAAGCGAGCAGCUGACUCAGUUAGCCAAUCACAACCAGCGCUUGGUGGAGCAGCUGGCAGAGGCUGUAACACUGGAGCACUCGCUGAGGACUGAGCUUCGUUCCCUCAGAGAAGAGAUGGAAGAGUCAUCUUUCAGCCGAAAUAUCAACUUCACACAGAUAGAGAACAUUCAAGCAGAGAACAGAGUUUUACUGGGGCGACUGUCGCACAUGGAGGCACAACUCAAAGCCUCACAGGAAGACACCGACAGACUUCGCAUGGAGAGAGAGAGAAUGAGAGACAGAGUGUCAGAACUACAAAUGAAACUGAGAGAGAAAGAAGCAGAGAUAGAGCAGGAGCAGGGAGUGGUGUUUGAGUUGCGAACUGUUAAUCGCUCUCUACAGCAAAAAGCUCUGAACCUGGGAGAAGAGAGCUUUCUGGACAGUACACAAACACAACCAUUGUCUCUGCAUAGUGAAAUUCAGCAAUCACAGGCCAGAGAGGCUCUUCUAGCUCACUCCGAAGUCCUGCAGGCAAAAGAUGAAGAGAUUAAAGCGCUCACAGAGGAGCUGCAAUCUCAACGAGAAGAGCUGGAGUCUUUGCGGAAGGAAAUCGAGCCAUUUACAUGCAGUCCUGAAAAGCCGAGCUACAGUUGCUUAGAGAGCGAAUUGGCCAUGGUGCGUCAGGAAAAAGAAACACUCACUCAGCAGCUUCUCAACACCAUCAGACACAAGGUGGCGCUGUCUCAAGAGCUGGAUGCCUGGCAGGAGGAUAUGCGGUUGGUGAUCAAUCAGCAGGUUCAGCAAAAGGAGGAGGAGAGACUGAAGGAAUCAGAGCGAGAGAAAGAAAAAACAGUGGGACUCCAAAGAAGCAAGUCUUUAAGAGUGAAGGGAGAAGGAGGAAAAGGAUUCUUCUCUUCCUUAUUCAAAGACAAGUAACAGAGAGAUGUGGCAGCAGUUUAAACGGACUACAUGAGCCUUUAUCUUUGCCACUGUGAGCUUCUGCUGCAAGAUAAUAUACACUGUAAAGUGUUAUCAGCACCAACAAUGUUUACAGACCUCAUCUUUGAAUAUAUAUGUAUAUAUGUAUGUACAGUAUAUCAUUUCAGAAUUUAAGAUUUUAUAUAAAAACAUUUUAA